AUGGGCACACUCACAGGGGUUUACCUUCCAACGAUUCAAAAUAUCUUGGGCGUGUUGCUCUACUUGCGUCUUGCUUGGAUCGUUGGCAACGCCGGCGUUGGCCAAACUUUGCUGAUUGUAUUCAUCUGCUGCACAGCCACCCUUCUCACUGCCGUCUCAAUGUCGGCCAUUGCAACAAACGGCGUCGUGCCUGCUGGUGGGGCCUACUUUAUGAUCAGUCGCAAUCUGGGACCAGAAUUUGGCGGGGCCGUGGGUAUUCUUUUCUACCUUGGCACCACUUUUGCAUCGUCCAUGUACGUGCUCGGGGCCAUCGAAUUACUGCUCACCUAUAUGGCCCCGGGCAUGUCUGCCUUUGGCGACGCAGCACCAGGAUCAGACGCCAUGCUCAGCAACAUGCGCCUCUAUGGCACCGUCCUUCUGCUCCUCCUUGGCUUUAUCGUCUUUGUUGGCGUGAAAUACGUCAAUCGCUUUGCCAACGUCUGCCUCGUGGCUGUCCUCGUCUCCAUCUUUCUCAUUUACAUUGGCUUCUUCGCCUCCCCUGAGGCGCGUCAACCAGACGUUUGCCUCAUUGACGGCAAUCUCAUCAACUCGGGCUACGAAGGCAACUGCAGCGUGGCCGACCUUGAUCGGAACCUAAGCUACGAUUUUCUCACAGUCAACUCCACCUUUGAGCGCCUGCGCGCAUUUCCAGGCCUGGGGUCAGGCCAGAUGCAUGCCAAUGUACAUUCCAACUACCUGGGCAAAGGUGAAACACAACCAGGGGUGCCAGGCGAGAAGCCGCAAGUCGUGGCAGACGCGACGGCAUCUUUUACUGUGCUUCUGGCCAUCUUUUUCCCAGCUUGCACGGGUAUCAUGGCGGGCUCUAAUCGAUCGGGCGACCUGCGUGAUGCCAGCCGCUCCAUUCCUGUGGGCACGAUUGCGGCCAUUCUGACCACCACAUUCAUCUACAUCACCAUGGUGCUCUUCCUGGGCGGUGCCGUGCUUGGACCCGUGCUUCGGGACAAGUUUGGCGAUUCCAUCUCUGGCAGCAACGUCAUUGCCGAAGUCAGCUGGCCACAUCCCAUGCUCAUCCUCAUUGGGGCUGCUCUGUCCACCAUUGGAGCUGGCCUGCAGAGUCUCAUGGGCGCCCCUCGUCUUCUGCAAGCCAUUGCGCAAGACAGCAUUUUGCCCUUUUUGUCGAUUUUUGGCAAGGCCUCAGCCUCGGGCGAACCCACCCGUGCUCUCAUUCUCACCGUCUUUAUAAGUUGGAUCGGGGUUAUGAUUGCUAGUCUCGAUUCAGUCGCGCCCCUGGUGACUCAAUUUUUCUUGCUGUGCUACGGCUUUGUCAACUUGGCCUGCUCCUUGCAAUCGUUGCUCAAGUCCCCUUCCUGGCGGCCCCGCUUCAAGUACUACCACUGGGGGCUGAGUAGCUUUGGCUUGCUCUUGUGCAUCCUUCUCAUGUUCAUCUCAAGCUGGUACUACGCCUUUGUGGCCACCUUCUUGGCUGUUAUGGUAUACUACUAUAUCGAGUUCAAGGGUGCUGCCAAGGAAUGGGGCGAUGGUAUCCGGGGCUUAAGCAUGCAAGCUGCACGAUAUAGCCUGCUACGGCUGGAGGAAGCGACCAUCUCAACACAUACUAAAAAUUGGCGCCCUCAACUACUGACGCUCAUCAAACUGCAUCCCGAAACUUUGGACGUUGACGAGCCUCGCCUCAUCGCUCUCGCUGGCCACCUGAAGGGUGGCAAGGGCCUGAACAUGGUCGGCAGCGUCCUCCCCGGGGAUUUCAAGAUUCGCAUGGCCGACAAGUUCACGGGAGAGGUGGCCAUCAAGGCAGCCCUCAAAUCUCACAUGGUUCAAGGCUUUGCUGAAGUCAUCAUCAGUCAGGACGUGGCCCAGGGAAUAAGCUACCUUAUGCAGGGUGCCGGUCUGGGUGCACUUCAGCAUAACAGCGUCUUACUCGGUUGGCCCGAGAGUUGGCGGUCCGCCAUGGAUAGCAACACGGCCUCUGAAUCGGAUAUGCUAACCUCAAUGCAGCAGGUUACGCUCUUCUUUGAAACGCUCAGUAUUUGCUCUUUACAGCAGCACGCUAUUAUCGUGCCCAAAAACCUCCAUCUCUUUCCCACCAUGGAGGAGAAGCAAGCGGGCACGAUUGAUGUCUGGUGGAUUUUGCAUGAGGGCGGGCUUUUACUCUUGCUCGGCUACCUCUUGCAGCACGAUCCGGUGUGGCGUAAGUGCCGCCUGCGUGUGUUCACUGUGGCCGAGAACGACGACAACACGAUUCAGAUGGAACGGGACUUGCAAACAUUCCUGUACCAUCUGCGCAUUGACGCCGAUGUGCGCGUGGUGGAGAUGCUCGACAGCGAUAUUGCAGCCUACACGGUGGAACGCACGCGCCGCAUGGAAGACCGGCGUAGCUUGCUUCACAAACUGCAACUGACACGGCGUCAACAGAAGCACGUUCUUGAGCAAGCCGUGCCCACUCAAACCGAGAAACCGCCUGGUCAAGAUGGCCCGUCUUUUGCCAACGAAAACGUGCGCAUGAUGAAUACGUCAGUCAAGCUGAACCGAAUGUUGAUGGAACACAGCAAAAAUGCCAGCCUCGUCCUCAUCAAUUUGCCCGACGUGCCGGUGACGGGUGCCGAGGACUUGGACAAAGCCACGGAUUACUUGGAGUUUGUGGAGGUUCUGACCGAAAACCUUCAGCGUGUGCUCCUGGUCCGUGGUGGUGGCCGUGAGGUUGUUACCAUCUUUUCCUAA